AUGACAACAAAAUGUAAGGAUAGUGGAAACUUUGUUCUGGAAAAUAAUAUAAUAAAAGGUUCUACUAGAAGAAAGAAAGAUAUUCCAGUUGAUGUAAGAAUUUUAAUCGUCGGAGAUCCUGGAGUUGGUAAGACAAGCCUUAUAUUAUCCUUGAUUGAAGAUAGAUUUAUUCAAAAAGUACCUCCUCGUUUUAAAGAAAUUAGAUUACAUCCUGAUUCAAAUCCAGAUCAUAUUUUAACUGCCAUAUCAGAUUAUAAUAGUGAAGAACAAAGCUUAGAUGAAUUAAAUAGUGAAAUUAGUAAAGCAAGUGUAAUAGUAAUUGUUUAUGAUGUUAAUGAUUCUUCUUCUGUUGAUAGAAUAAGAAAAUAUUGGAUGCCUAAUGUUCAAAAAGAAAUUGUUGGUGGUGAGGCAUUAUAUGGUAAACCAAUUAUUUUGGUUGGUAAUAAAUCAGAUACAGAAGAAAGUAACACAAAAUUAAAUGAAGUUAUAACAUUAAUGAAUGAAUUUCCUGAAAUUGAAACGUGUGUUGAAAGUUCCGCAAAAACAAUGAAAAAUGUAUCAGAUAUUUUUUACUAUGCCCAACGUGCUGUUAUAUAUCCAUCACAACCUAUAUAUAGUGCUGAAAAUCGUGAUAUUACUCAAAACUGUAGAAAAGCACUUGUUAGAAUAUUUAAAUUAAAUGAUAAUGAUAAUGAUGCUCUGUUAAAUCAAUAUGAACUUAAUCAAUUUCAAUUAUUUUGUUUUGGUGUUCCAUUAGCAGAAAAUUCAUAUAGUGAAAUUAUAAAUCGUGUCGCUGAGAACGAUCCUAAAGGUGUACUAAAUAAUUCAUUAACAUUAGAUGGAUUUAUAGCAUUACAGAUGCUUUUUAUACAAAGAGGAAGAUAUGAAAUUGUUUGGAAUGCAUUAAAAAAGUAUGGUUAUUCUAAUGAUUUACAAUUACGUGAGGAUUACAUUUAUCCUACAUUAAAAGUUCCAUUAGGAUCAUCUGUUGAAUUAUCACCAGAAGGAUAUCAAUUUAUAAGUCAAUUGUUUGAAAAAUUUGAUGAAGAUAAAGAUUGUUUAUUAAAUCCUUCUGAAUUUCAAAACUGUUUAAGUUUAUAUCCUCGUCAUCUUGUUUGGAUUAAAGAUGCUAUGCAAUGUGUUGAAUCAGAUGAAAGAGGUUGGAUAACAUAUAAUGGAUUCAUAUCAUUAUGGACCUAUAAAACACUUACUGAUCCUCCAGAAACAUUAGAAUGUUUGGCAUAUUUAGGAUUUAACGUAAAACAUAAAAGUCAGCUUGAUGCAUUAAUUAUUACAAGAGAUAGAAGAAUUGAUAUUGAAGAAAAAGAAACACAAAGAAAUGUUUUUCAGUGUCAUGUUUUUGGACCUAGAGAUUCUGGUAAGACAGCUUUUAUUCAUUCGUUAACUAAUAAAUCAAUGCAAAGAUCUGCUUCUAUAAGUAAACAGGGAACUAAUGAUAAUGUUAUUAAUGUAGUACAUAUUAAAGAUCAAUGUAAAUAUUUACUUUUGCAUGAAGUUAAUUUAUAUGAUGAAGGGAAUACCUUAACGGAAUAUGAAAAAAAUGCUGAUGUUGUGGUAUUUUUGUAUGAUGUCUCAAAUCCUCAAUCAUUUGCUUAUAGUGCAAAUAUUUAUAAAAAAUUUUUUUACCGAACAAAAGUGCCAUGUUUAUUCAUUGCUACAAAAGUUGAAAGAUUUACUGUUGAACAGGAUUAUGAAAUGCAACCAGAUAGUUUUUGUCGUUACUAUCAUUUAUCAGAACCAUAUAAAUUAUAUAACAAAGAAAUAGGAAAAUCAAAUAGUCAAAUUUUUCAACAUAUAUUAACCAUGGCAAUAUAUCCACAUUUAAAAAAUGUGUAUUCAAUUUUUGAUAUUAAUCGUUUACCUACCAUUGUAAUAGGUGGAACUAUAGUUGGUAUAAUAGGGAUCUUAUUAUUUAAGAAUAUAUAA